CCCCAGCCGGAAGCAGUCGUUUUCGUGGCGGAAGUCCAGCUCCGGCGGAUAUACACGCUUUUUGCUCUCCCCGUCCUUAAACUCGAGGUUUUAUUUUUUGGGCGACUGAUAAGUAGAAUCGCAGUGACUCGCUUAAAGUUCAAGUAUCCCCGCUACGUGCAGCGUGACUGACGGUUCACACAACCAGCUAAAGCUAACAGCAGCUAGCGUCAGGCUAACAAAGCCGUCCUUUGCUGCGGCAUGUAAACAAACAGUCGUGUUUCAGUCCUCGGUGUGGUACCAUGGGGUAACUGGUCAGCCGCUCCAUCGUAGCUCGCUGUUACACGUUUACGAGCCGGAGUGUCUCUGAGCAGAAGGCCAUGUCAUCAUGAUGGUUCUCCGGCGGUUGCUGAGGAAGCGAUGGGUGCUGGGGGUCGUCUUCGGCUUGUCGCUCAUCUACUUUCUCACCAGCACACUGAAGCAGGUUUGCGUCAUCUGUGGCUGUGCACUGUCCCCUCACAGGAGGAGCGCACGAUUCGUGACCGCGCACUGUUGGAAGUCCGCGACCCGGACCACCGCAUCCCAUGGAAGGUCCGCUUCGACCUGGGCAACAGCAGCCGGCAGAUCAGCCAGUGCAGGAACUCCAUCCAGGGCAAGGCUUUGCUCACGGAUGAGCUCGGCUACGUCUGCGAGAGGAAGGACCUGCUGGUCAACGGCUGCUGCAAUGUCAACGCUCCCAGCAGCAGGCAGCACAUCUGCAAGAGCUGCCUGGCCAACGGCUGCUGCAGCAUCUACGAGUACUGCGUCUCCUGCUGCCUGCAGCCUGACAAGCAACCUCUGCUCGAGCGUUUCCUCAACCGGGCCGCUGAGGGCUUCCAGAACCUCUUCACGGCUGUGGAGGACCACUUCGAGCUGUGCCUGGCCAAGUGCCGCACCUCCUCGCAGAGCGUCCAGCACGAGAACACGUACCGGAACCCUCAAGCAAAGUACUGCUACGGCGAGAGCCCACCGGAGCUGCUUCCCGUUUGAUCAUGUGACUCUCCAGAGCUGCUUCCGGUUUGAUCAUGUGACCACCGGCCGGGGGCCCCUUCGACGUGCCUCACGAACAAACUGAUUUUAUUAUUUACACUUCAUAAGUGCAGAGAAGCCUCAUCCAUUCAUCCGUGAUGAUCGUCGGGUUCUGACCCGCCGGCAGCUCGUCCACCCGGACCCUCUCUUCAGAACAGCCGACCCGACUUUGUAUAUACCUGGUGUCAGCGCUGUCUCCUGCAUGUGUCCAUGUUGACGUGAAACGAC